AUGGACGUAAUUGGUGUGGGGAUCGCGAUCAUCGACGUGAUCCACGAGGUGGCGGCGUACCCUGAAGGUAUCUCUCCUUGUAGCAGUAUCCGCUCGUUGGAGAGUCGUAAGUGCAGAGGAGGGAAUGUCGCGAACGCGCUGGUUGUGUGCUCGCAGCUAGGAAGUCGUUGCCGUUGGCUGGGCGUGUCGACGGACCCCGAGAAGGACAGCGAUGCAGCAUUUGUCCACAACGAUCUCGCUGCUUACGGCGUGGAUUGUUCGCUUGCGAGCAUUGAAACUCAAGGGAAUAUGCUUCGCGCGACGGGAUCUCGCACCAUCAUACACUCCCGAGACCUUGUCGAGCUGAGCUAUGAAGCGUUUGUGAAGCAAUUAACACUGUACCGUGGAGAACUUCAAGAUAAUGAAAACCAUGCGACGUGGUUUCACUUUGAAGGCAGAAAUUUGGGCGCAACAGAAAAGAUGAUGCUUUACGUGCGUAAGGAGAUGCCUACUGCAAAAAUUUCCGUUGAGAUAGAGGCAAUUCGCAAUGACUGGGUUUCUGCAAUGAAGUAA